ACCCUGAGCCCUGGAGCUGACCUGAUCAGCUUCCCUUCCAUUAGCCCCCUCAGUGGGGCCACAGGGGGCUCCCUGAGAAGCUCCAGGCUCCAAGUCCCAGCCCCUCUAGGAGGAGGCGGUGGCCAAGGCUCAGCAGCCAGAGGCUUCUCAGCUCAGAGCUCCAGAGCCAGAUGUAACAUUGACCUUAAAUGGUAAAAGCUCCCCAGAGUGAAGAGAGGCUGGCCAGAAGAGGAAAGGGGAAUAACUCAGUUUUAGCCUGCGGAGCCCAGGCCUCUUGGAGCAUCUUUGGGGCUGACGCCGCGGAGGUUCCGGGCACACGGGGCCACUCCUGCCAGGAGGCUGCCAUGCCCCACAUUCCCGAGGACGAGGAGCCCCCUGGAGAGCCACAGGCAGCCCAGAGCCCCGCCGGCCAAGGCCCUCCUGCAGGCAUAUCCUGCAGUCCACCUACCAUCAUCCUGACGGGGGAGUCCAGCUCACCAGAAGGAGAAACUGAUAAAAACCUGGUCAACAGAGCUCACAGUCCCCAUAGGAGGCUUUCUCACCGACACUUGAAGGUUUCCACUGUUUCACUGACUUCUGUGGACCCUGCAGGACAUGUUAUUGACCUGGUACAUGACCAGCUGCCAGAGAUCAACAUCUCAGAGGAGGACAAGAAGAAAAACCUGGCGCUGCUGGAAGAAGCCAAGUUGGUGAGUGAACGAUUCCUGGCCCGCCGCGGGAGGAAGUCCAAGAGUGGCCCCGGAGACUCCCUGUCAGUUGUUACCCCAAACCUCAGCCCCGGAGCUUCUCCAGCAUCCUCUCAAAACAACUCACUUACUGUUCCCAAGCCACCUGGUUUGGAUGCGUGCAGUGGCCCACAGUCUCCUUUGCCUGGAGCACCACCACAGAAGGGGGAUGAAGCCAACGUCUCUUCACCUCAUCUUGGUGAACCUAAUGUCUCCAAAGGGCUAGCUGACCGGAAGCAGAAUGACCAGAGGAAAGUGUCUCAGGGCAAGCUGACUCCUCGUUCUCCUACAAUUGAGAAGUCCAAAGAGACUGCAAUUGAACAAAAGGAAAACUGUGAUCCCCUCCAGUGCUCUGAGGCCACACACAAGGGCUCAGCUUCUGGCAUAGGCAGUGGUGGGAAAAUGGCCUUGAAUAGCCCUCAGCCUGGUCCUGCUGAAAAUGAGCUGGGAAAGGCGCUACUGAAGACGGCCAGGGAGGGCAACCCUCUGCCUAGAGGUCCAGCCCAGGGUUCUGGAGGGGCGGUUCCCCUGGCCCCCGAGGGAAAAGAUACAGCUGGAGAGUCAGCAGGGUCAAAGUUUGGCUCCAAAGCUGAGCUGUGGCCUCCUGCUUCUCGGCCACCUCUACUGCGAGGGGUCUCCAGGGACAGUGGUCCUGAAGAACCUGGCCCCCGGCUGCAGAAAGUGCUUGCCAAGCUGCCUCUGGCAGAGGAAGAGAAGCGUUUUUCAGGCAAAGCUGGUGGCAAGCUGGCCAAGGCACCUGGACUCAAAGACUUUCAGAUACAAGUGCAGCCAGUGAGGAUGCAGAAACUGACUAAGCUCCGAGAGGAGCACAUCCUGAUAAGAAAUCAGAACUUAGUGGGGCUCAAGCUUCCAGACCUUAGUGAAGCGGCUGAGCAGGAAAAAGGGCUCCCUUCUGAACUCUCCUCAGGUAUUGAGGAAGAAGAGUCAAAAAGUGGCUUGGAUGUCAUGCCCAAUAUUUCUGACAUGCUGCUGCGCAAACUGCGGGUCCACAGGUCUCUCCCUGGAAGUGCCCCUCCGCUCACUGAAAAGGAAGUUGAGAACGUGUUUGUGCAACUGUCCUUGGCCUUUAGAAAUGACAGCUACACUCUGGAAUCUAGAAUUAACCAGGCUGAAAGGGAACGCAACCUGACUGAAGAGAACACAGAGAAGGAACUGGAAAACUUCAAAGCUUCUAUUACGUCCUCAGCUUCACUAUGGCACCACUGUGAGCACCGGGAGACCUAUCAGAAACUGCUAGAGGACAUUGCGGUCCUGCACCGCUUGGCUGCCCGCCUCUCCAGCCGAGCUGAGAUGGUGGGGGCGGUCCGCCAGGAAAAGCGCAUGUCAAAGGCAACAGAGGUAAUGAUGCAGUAUGUGGAGAAUCUGAAGAGGACGUAUGAGAAGGACCAUGCAGAGCUCAUGGAGUUUAAAAAACUUGCAAAUCAGAAUUCAAGCCGCAGUUGCGGCCCUUCUGAAGAUGGGGUCCCUCGAACAGCGCGGUCCAUGUCCCUCACACUGGGAAAGAACAUGCCACGCCGGAGGGUUAGUGUUGCAGUGGUUCCUAAGUUUAAUGCCCUGAACGUGCCUGGCCAAUCUUCCAGUGCAUCACCCAUCCCCUCCUUACCAGCCCUGUCAGAAUCACCCAAUGGGAAAGGCAACCUACCUGUCACUUCAGCACUGCCUGCACUUUUGGAAAAUGGAAAGACAAAUGGGGACCCAGAUUGUGAAGCCUCUGCUCCCAUGCCAACUUUGAGCUGCGUGGAGGAGAUUAGCCAGGAGACCAAGGCCAGGAUGGAGGAGGAAGCGUACAACAAGGGAUACCAGGAAGGUCUAAAGAAGACCAAAGAGCUUCAAGACCUGAAGGAAGAGGAAGAAGUACAGAAAGGUGAGAGUCUUGAGGAAGCUGAAGAGGCAGAAGAAACUGAGGAAGAGGAAAAGAACCAAAGAAGCAGCAAACUUGAAGAAUUGGUUCAUUUCUUACAAGUCAUGUAUCCCAAACUGUGUCAGCACUGGCAAGUCAUCUGGAUGAUGGCCACAGUGAUGCUGGUCUUGACUGUUGUCCUGGGGCUCUACAGUUCCUAUAACUCUUGUGUGGAGCAGGCUGAUGGGCCCCAUGGGAGAUCCACUUGCUCAGCAGCCCAGAGGGACUCGUGGUGGAGCUCAGGACUCCAGCAUGAGCAACCUGCAGAGCAGUAGGAAACCUGACACGCAGUCAGUGCCCUGCUCCAGCACACAGCUGACUGCCCUGUCCCCAAGCAUAGUGUUUCAGGCCAGUUGUGGGCAUGCUGGCACCAGUCUAUCAGGAAACAAACCCAGGGUUCUUUCACACUCAGCAACCAUGUGGGAGCUAUGCAUACACAGUAACUGAUGUUCUUGGAGGAUCAACAAAACUGCCCUGGGAACACUUGUGGUGGAUGAAGUCAUCUUCACCAAGGAACUCUAACAGAAAGGAAACUCAUCUGCCCCCAGCUCUGAUGCCUGGGGGAAAUAAAACACCUUCACUGCAGGAAACAGUAAGAAGUUCACUCUCCCUCCCCUUUUUCCUCUCUGUAGUCAGAAAUCAAGAAGAAUUAUGCCCAAAGGCUAAUUCUAACACUGAGGGUCAGACCUAGAAUUUGGAGUCAACAUGAACAUCAUCCUAUUUCCCAUCUCAUUCUCACUGGCUCUCCUUCAGCCUCCCUGCCUCCCCUUUGGAACCAGAGUUUCUCUUUAUACAAGAAGGGAAGGUUUCGCAUAAAAAUAUUUAGGCUGAAUUUAGAUCAAUGCUUGAAAUGAAAUGGGAAGAUGUGAGUUAAUAUAUAUGCAUUUGUACACAUACACAACAUACACAGGGCAUGCACGUGCAUGAAGCCAACAACCCUCCAACUGUGUGCUCUUAGGUGUGUGUUCUGGAUAAAGCAACCCACAGAUUUUUCACAAGGUGUAGGGCAGUCACCAGGCACCUUUUCAGUGAGCUCUCCACAUUGAUUUAAGAUAUUUGAAAAACACUGAAAACUCAUGGCUGCAACAGUGAACUUGCUGGUCUCCAUUUCAAGUGCUAAUUCUAUGCUGUUGUACAACAGUCUAUUCCCUAUUUGUGUUCUCCCAUUGAGAACCCACCUCUCAAGUGUGAUUUCGGCUCGUGUGUGCCCACAAGCACAUGUGCAGUUGCACCUUAGUGCUUCAGUUCAAAUGGGAUUUCCAACCCAAGUACACAUUUCAGAGCAUUCCAAUUGUUUAGCAUAAAACUGAGGGAGCACAUCCCAUUUCCAAUUUGACUUCUCACUCCACCUUUACAGCCACUGCCUUCAUUCAUCCUUUAUCAGUUUUGAGGGGUGUUGGUUUCUUGUGGUUUUAUUGUGGUUGUUCUGCUAUUGUUUUUGUUUUGUUGUUGAUGAUGGUUUGUUACUAACACUCAUAUAGAACUUACUAUGAGCCAAACACUGUUCUAUGUAUUAUACAGGUAUUAAUUCAUUUAAUCCUCAAAAAAAAAAGAAAGAAAAGAAAAAAACCAUGAGAUGGGUACCACCCUGCCAUUCUCAGAUAAAGAAACUGAAGCACAAAAAACACAACUAACUUGCCAAGGACAUUCAGUUAGUAAAUUAUGGUCCUGGAACUCAUAUCCAGGACCAGGAGACUGGCUCCUCCACAAAACUGCCUUUUCCAAAGGUCUCCUAACUGCAUGCCUAUUAUGUUUCAGUCCCACAUCCCCAAGUAGCCCUCCAACCACUCCAAACUAUUUCUGGUUCCCAGACUAAACCAUUUUCUUAUAGUUCUGUUCCUCCACUCACUUGUUUUUCUUUUGCUAUUCUCUUUUCUGCGGAUUACCCUUCAGGACCAAGUGCAAAAUUAUCCCCAAUGUACAAGCUUUGAUGACCUCCCUCCAACUCCCUACCAUACCCCACGUACUAGGUCACACCCUCCUCUGUGCUGACACUUUUUUAAACAUCUUCAUUAUUUACUGUUGUGAAAGUAUAUCACAAUAACUUAUUUCAGUGUCUGUCUCCGUAUUUUUCCUCAAAGACAAGAACCAUAUCUUAUCCAUUCUGUCGGGGAAGUACCUAACAUGAUGGCUGAUGCAUGGGAGGGUGUCAUUAAAUGUUGAUCAAAAGUGAGGAUUCAAGGUGGUAGGAAACAGUCGGGACAGCUGACAUUUUGCAUGCCUUCCAGUUCCAGCACUAUCACUGCCACUAUCUCAGUGAGAAAAAUAAUAUCUUUAUUAGUUUCAAUUUAUUCUAAUAUUUUUCAGUCUACUCUGUGAGGGAGCAGAAAUGAGACCUAACUAGCAACACAAUUUCCAAGCUCAAGGACCGGGGUUGAUGCUACCACUCCUUUCAGAAAGACCCACCUAGAUCAGCCCUACUAUAAAACAUCAUGUUGGGGGCGGGGGGCGGGUAUCCAUUACAGUGACUAGAAAACCACUCUGAGAGAAGCCCAGGCCAGGGUUGACCAAGAAUGUGCCAUUAAGGUAAAGAGGUACAGAUCAAGGCUGAGGCACUUGGGGGCUUCUAUGGAUGGUUUUCCCUGCCUAUUCCAUGGGGGACUGAAAACGUUGAAAAAUCCUUUAGGCCCUCAGAGCCACAGACAGGUGGCAAAUGAAGCUCCAGAGACUGUGGCUGUGGGACAGGACACUAUGCUGGCAAUGUCCAGUCUGAGCCUCCCUUAAAGAAGGACCAGGCUGAGCUGUCCCACUGUUCACUUGGCCACAGGGUUCUAACCUUUGUUACCAAUUAGAACAAAGGCCAGGAGAACAGCUAUGGUGAGCUCCUGAACCUCCAGCUGCUCCAUAGAAAAGCCUGCAAGAAUACUUCCAGACAUAGGCCCUCACCCAAAGUGCUCUUUGAGUAAGAGAGGUUGAAGAAAAGAACAGUAAGAGUAACUACAUUUCCAAGGGCAUUGCUGAAAAAGUACUCACUGGCGUUUCUUUUCUGAAAAGCAAAGAUUGAUCUAAAGCAGUUGGAAUGUUUCCAAAGCAGCAGUGAAAUGGAGAGAAAUGGCCCCAUAUUUCCAAUGGUGAUAUUGAUCUAAAAUAAAAGUUCCCCUCAAAAUGUCUCUGAAGUCUGACAUUUCUGCUUAGCCUUAGGACUCUGGGUACCUACCUUGAGUUUUGGAGUGAUGUGCUGUUUGUGUCAUUGUUGUUAAUCACUUCCUAAAAGGGCCUUCACUUUCUGGCUACCACGAAUCCUGUGUACAGCCUGGAAGAAUAAAUGGAGAGGGAGAUGCUGGAUUUGUGUAUCACUGGCUGUAAGUUCCUAAUGUUGUUAAACCUCACACAGGUGUGCUAGCAUUAAACUACAGAGUGUCACAUACCUGAGUUUGAAAAUAAAAGCACCUUUCCAAACCUUU